AUGGCCAGUACGCUCAAAGACAACUGGACUAACAUCAUGGCCUAUCGCGGAACGGUGUUCACGGAAGACUUUGUGGACGACCUCUGCCGGUUCGUGGAUCCCAUUACCGACACCCUGAGACGCGUCGACAAUAAAGAUAAACUCGACACAGAUCCCCCCGAUGCAAAUGAUGUGCUCCAGAUCCUGAAAGCAAUCAAUUUCGAUCCUUGGGUGGAGGACCUUUUCACAGACGCGUUCAAUGCCGUUGGCCCCGUGCUGAUGAUGUCAAUUCACGUGUUGGUGAUUAACUGUCUAAUGCAUAACCCCGACGCGUUCGCAGAGCGCACCGUCCGAGCUCCAACGGCCGAAAAGUUCAAGGUUGAUCCCACAUUUAAGAACAUGAUGAAAUAUCUCAUCGACCAGAUCUUGAUGAGGCGGCGCACGGUCAAACGAACAACCAACAAUUGGGAUUCUGCGGCAUACUUGCAAGAGGAGGAGGAGGACACCCAGCAGCAGCAGCCCAGCAGAUCGCGAAGAACCCUCACGCAUCCAAAUCCAACAAGUCGUGAAUCAUCUGCUGGACCAUCAACACCAAGAAGACAUGUGCCUGUGCCCUCCACCUCAACAGAGAGAGGUACCACUUCAAGGAGACGUCGAAUGUCCCUUGAAGUCAGUGGCAUCACUGCGCUACCCCAGACAGACGACGAAGACGACCAACCGCUGGCGAGACCCAGGCAGAAAACAAGAUCUCUGCCCAGCCCUGUAG